AUGUCGCCGUCAACCCCAACAGUUGCUCUUGGACGAUCUCGACUCCUUCCCCGCCCCGCCAACGUUCAUACCAUCGUCGCCAGCCUUGCUCAUGAGCCCCCCGCCUUGCAGACCUCCGACCAUCCCGCUUCCUCCACUUCCCAGCCGCAGCCGAAUAUCCGAGACAGACACGCAUCUUUUUUUGAAAUCGGCCGCGCAAGCUCGUCCUCGCCGCCCGCCAGAGCUCUCUAUCCGCGAACUCAAUCACACGAAGAGACAUCAGUUGCGUCGAGCCGCAGCGACUCCCUUUCGAAUGUUUCCUUCGACUCAGACUCCCAGCGAUUGUCCCCGGUGACGCCGAAAUCUGUCGCCCAGAAUCCUUGUCAUAUAUUCUGCGUCGGGGAGCAUAACGAGUCGCGAGAGCAGCUUCUCGGUGCGUUCCCUCUACGAAGAGGAUCACAGAGCAGCGUGGAGCAUAUGCUGGACGAUGAGCACUUUCCCAGCCAGCAUCGGAAAGAUCCGCCUUUGAGCUCGGUAUCAUUCGCGGACGCGUAUAGCGGGCUGGGAGGAAAUUUUCAGCCCCAUUCAGACGAUUUCGGUCGUCUGUCAAGUCCACUUAUUAGCCAGGACACUCGAGUCCCUUCCCCGGACAUCAGCUCAAUCAUCAUCGCGACAUCUCGACCCCGACUGAACAGUGCGCCUGGCGGAGCCACUUACGAUGAGGAAGACUCCUUACAGGAUUAUGGCCACAUGCACAGCCGUAUGGACUCCAAAGGGUCAGAGGCUGUGUUCCCCCGACCUGUUGCGGAAGAAUUCGAUCUCACCUGUUGGGAUGAGCGACACGAUUCUGAUUCUGGCUCGGAGAUAGAUCUACACACAUCCCUUCCCCAACUAAUGCUCCAUCACGGCUAUCUCUCCCCGAGGUCCAAGCUAUUGACUCUUCCAUCUCCCGUUUCAUCUUCAGGUGGAGAUACUUCCUCCAGCAGUCAAGUUCCACAUGACCCGCGCCAUACGACAAAUCGUAGCACUCGCCAUCGGGAGGCGAAUGUUCUCCGCGGUGGCAUCGGACUCACCACCGGCCUCGGAUGGAGCGAUUCUGAAGACGAAGAUGCUCCCAGUGCAUUGACAAAACAGGUUUCUACAUUGGAUCUUUCGACCAGGAGCUUGAGUCGGUCCAAAUCGCAUGCAAGCCUGGGUUCAGGAGUAGAUCGAAAAUUCCGUCAGCCCUCUUCGUAUUCGACGGGAUCUUCGCGUUCAACUCCUACUGAUGUCCUCAGAAGCGCCCACGAUGAGUUUGGGAUCCGUCCAGACAACCUUCAGGACAUUUCUGGACGCAGAGGUUGUUAUACGGGACAAGGGCCGAUAGACAAGACCCGAUCUCGGCUUCCACGAUACAGCCGUCCGUCCUUGUCAGUGCCUCGAACCGGUGCUCCGAGCUCAGCUCAAGAAAGUCCCAAACUCGGAAAUCCGCUCUUGCGCACGAGAAGCCGGGUCUUGAGGGUCAUGGCUGCCGACAAGCAGAAGCCUCUUCCCCCUGCGCCGACGCGACUGUCUACGAGCAGUCGCAGCGUUUCUUCUUCCCCCAUCCCGGAGAGGGACGUCGCCCUUGACACCCCGACCCGGGAUGUCAUUCCAAACUGCAUUGCACAGCGCAGCCAAGCCAAGUCAGGCCGCGCCAUC